AUAUAUCCUUGCCUCGACUAGCACUCGAAGAUGCAGAUCCACCCUUCCACCUCAAGCCUCCGGCCGCGCUCCAACUCAAUGGAGAUCUUCGCCGAGGCCGUGCGCCUGCCGCGCUCGGGCAAGCAGUUCGCGUCUGCCGGCGACGUGCAGGACCUCCUCUCGUUCCUUGUCGAUGACGACGCUGGCGAGGAGCUCCUCCGCCCGGCUCUGAUGGAGACGAGGCCCUCCUCAUCGGGCUCGGACUCGGGGGUCGAGCCAGCCACCAAGCCCACAGGGAAAAAAGCGCCGAGCAAAAGAGAAAAGAAGGAGAUUGACUCGUGGACGUCGGACGAGGACGCGCUCAUCCUGCGGCUCGUGGAGCAGCACGGCAAGCGGUGGUCCAAGAUCGCGGCGACGCUGCCCGGCCGGACCGACAAUGGCGUGCGCAACCGCUGGAAUCGCAUCUCGCGCGCCGCCGUCCAGCGCGACGCCGGCGGCGAGCAGAGCGGCUACCGCUGCCGCCGGUGCGGCCAACCAAAGCGCGGGCACACCUGCUCCGCGCUGGGCGCCAAGCCUCUCAAGGCGGCCGCGCAUGCGGUGAUGGCGCUGGAGAGGCUCGAGAAGGGCGCCGAGGCCAUCCCGCCCCAGCCGCAGCUCGACCGCCGCACGGGCAUCUCCGGCAUGCUUGGCACAGCCUCCUUGUCGCCUCCUCCCAUGCCGCCUCCUCCCUUUGGGCCAGCCGCCGAGGAAGUCUCGCUGGCCGACGCCGCGCCGUUUCCCGCCGCGGGGUCCGCGACGCCGCCGCCGCCGCCGCCGGUCGUGCCGCCGGCGCACGGGCCGGGCGACGCCUUCCUGAGCGAGCUGCACUUCUCGCUGCAGCCGGCUGCCAACGCCGCCGCUUCAAGGGCAGCUCCCUUCCCGGCGCCGGCGGUCGACCUCUUCCAGCAGGCGCCGCUCGGCGGCUUCGGUGGCGUACCGGUCGGCCUACUGCUCUCACAGCUCCCGCCGCGCCCGCCGGCCUCUGCCGCUCCCCUCUGGCGGCCAGCCACGCCCGAGGUGCUCGCCUGACGGAGCGGCACCGGUCGGAGGGCGGAGAUCUCUCCGUGUCCAUUGCGGCCCACGCUCGUAAAGUUCCCAUGUUUAUUAUAUACGUAUUUCGGCUCUUCGUUUUUUAGCGCUUGUUACAUGUCAGCCC